UUUGUUACAUUUUCCACUUCCACGAAAUUGCUGCCAAAACUCUAUUGUGUUCUUCCUGCAUCUGAACUGUUGCAUCCUUUGUGGACUUCUACAUCAAUCAUUCAAGACCGAGAUUAGGUAACGUAUGAGUUUUGAUGAUUUAGAUUUUAGAGUGUGUUUUCUUCUACUCUCAUCCUUUCUGAUUUAGAUCUAAGUCUUUUGAAAGGAGUUAGGUUUAGGAGUGAGAGUAACGGUGAGUGUGAGUUAGAAUUUCUAAAGAUCCUGAUUUCAUUUUCUCCUUCCCCCCUCUCUACUCCAUGUAGUGAAAGUUACGAACUUUGAAGAGAUGUCUUCUGAACAAAAUGUGAGCGUUGGGGGAAGUGAGGAAGUGAGGGCAUUGGAAUAUGGCGACGUGGGUAUGACCAGUGAGUCAUCUGAUUCGGAGAGGACGGAGGAGGGGGUAGGGAGAAGUGAGAUGGUUGGGGUUGAGGGAGAUAGGGUACCCAUUACUGUAGUAGAAGUGGAGGAUAGGAAUGAGAGGUGUUAUGAUGUAGAUGCGGAUAUUGUGUCUGAGGUGAAGCAAUAUGAGUUUGAGCUCGGGACCAGGGAUAGCCUGGGUUAUUUAGUUGAAAGUUAUGAAAUUUCUUUCCAAGUUUUGAUUAGGCCUGCUAGGGUAGAGGAGAGGGCGUGCUCUGCACCUCGGGAUCAUUGGAUGCCCAUGUAUGCUCAUUAUUUGGCAGUUGGGCUUAGUUUAAAUGAGGAUGAGGAGGAAGAGGUGGGGAAGUUGGUGAGGGGGGGUAAUUUAGUGAACAUAAUGUACUUUACCAGUGCGGAUUGUAUAGAGGCUGCUGAGUUCUAUGGGCUAAGCGCUUUGAGUGAAGCUGAGAUGGAUAAAUUUUUGAAUGCUACUGGGGGGGUGGCUAUUCCAAAGAAACCGAGGAAGAAGUCAAAGACUUCAACCAAAGAGGCGAAUGAGGUGGAGGCUGGGAAGGAGUUAGUGCUUAGCACCUCUGCUGGAGUUGAGGAGGUGAGACCCAAGCCGAAGCUAAAAAGGAAGGGUAGUGAGGAGUUGGGAGCACUGCAGAGGAAGAAAAAGGUGGUGGAGCAGGAGGUUAAGGGGAGCAAGGUAAGGGCUCCUGGUAAAGGGAAAGGCCUCGUUUCCCAAUUGUCUUUUCAGAGCAGCCUCUUUGACACGAAGAACUCAACGGGGGCAAGAAGGUUUAUCAACGCAACCUUCCCUGAAGUGGACAAGCGUCAAGCUAAGGAGGAGGUGCUGAGGUAUUGUGGGGCGACUGUGGUGAAGCACGGCCUAGAGGAAAGGGAUUCUCUGAGUACCAAGCUCGUCUUUGAAGAGAAAAAGAGAAAGAUCUUUGAAAUCGAGUGCGAGGCUCAAGAGAAGGAAAUAAAAGCAAUGAAGGAAGUUGUGGUUGAGCUGAAAAAGAAUGUUCAGCUGCUGGUACACAAUGGGAUGGAGGAGCAUAUCAGCAACUUUGUCAACUCCAGCUCGUUUGACAACAUUGUCAACCUCUACCGACUGCCAACUACUAUUCUCGCCUUCACCGAUUGCAGAAAGAAGGUGAAAGUUGAAUAUCCCGAAGUGGAUAUUAUGAAGAUCACCUUCGGCGAACAAGAGGAAGGGGUGGAGGAAAACGAUGAGAGCAUGUCAGCAGACUUCCGUCCUCAAAUUAAACUAAGGUGGGAUCGUGAUGCAGAAGGGCGCACCAUUUUUCCUUUGAACUUCGACUUCGAGUUCGUGGCAGUGGAGGAAGAAGAAGCAAAGGUAGAGGGAGCUGAAGUAGGAGCAGAGGUAGAAGGAGUUAAAGUGGAUGAGAGUCAGCCACCUCUACAAGUGGAGGUCUAUCCAGUUCCUUCUAAUGACGAGUAGCCACCUCUUCCAACAGAGCAGCAGCCACCUCAGCCACCUCCUCCAACAGAAGAAUGAGGAAUUUUUGUUUUUUGAUAUUUUUGUUUUGAUAAUAUUGAAACAAUUUGAUAAUUUGAAUAGUCUGUAAUUUUCAUUGUGAUUUUAAUGAAAAGUUUUGUUUUUG